UUGUUUGCAUGUGACAAGCUAUCAGAUGGAACGUACGAGUCUAGGAAUGCAAGGCAAAUUCCAGCUUAGGUUAAUGCUGUAAAACGCCGGUUAAAAGAAAAGAUCUUUAAUUGGCGAAAGUUGUUAUACCAUGGUAUUAAUGUGGUUAAUUAACCCAGAACUUGGAUACAACUUGGCGAUUUGAGCAUGAGAGAGAAAAAUCCGAAAAACAUUACUAUGGAAAUCAGGCUAGUCCAAGAUUUUAGUCUGCCUCUGCGUCACUUUUGAGGAGAUCUGUACCCUGAUUUUGACAUGGAAAGUUUUAAACCAUCUAAAUUUCCAUUCGCCAAUCGUCUGAAUUGUCGGCAAUGGCGAAGCGACACAGACUUGCAAUCAUCGCUUCCUCCGAUCCAAAACCGCAUUGAGGAAACGAAAUCAAAGCAGCUAAAUAGCAGCGGAAUACGUCCGAGUCGACCUGGAACUCCCAACGUGUGUAGGGCACAAACAUUGUUUUCUUGCGGUAAAACAUCCAGGCUAUCGCCAAGGACCUCCCCAAAACGACUCUCCCUGUCACUUGAUUUGAGACCAGUUAUAGAAGGAACUUGUUUAAGACGGCACAGUGGUGGCUUAGUGGAUAGCUCCACUAACGAUGAGUGGAGCCCUCGGCCGUGUGUUCGAAGCCUUCCUCCCAGCCCGGCGUUACAGCGAAGCCUCCAUCGUUCCUUGCGACACGUGUCGACUGAUUCCGAACAGGUUGAUGACAAGUUUAAAGAUGAUCGAAUAUUGAAUUGGAUUCGUGAUGUUUCGGGGAAGACUUUUGAUCAAAAUAGUAACAUUGACGACGAUGACGAAGAAGUAUUUAAUAGUUCUUAUGAAGCUAAGACUACAGAGGACCCUUGUGUUACUGGUCUUCCCGUCAUUCAAGAAGGGCAAAAGGUUUAAAUGAGAAAACCACAGGAAACACACUUCAGUCUAUCAUUUUUUUAUCUCUAAAUACAGAUUGGUUGCACGAAAGACAAAAGUCUCCCUUGGAGGAUGUUGCUUAAAGAGGGCUUGUUUGUCUGCAAUCCACUGUUGCGUAAUUUUUAGUGCGAUAACAGGAUUGUAUUUUAUGUAGUUUAUGCGCCUGAAAUAAGAUCACGACGCCAGCUACAAGAGUUGAAAUACAUUCAAUCUGCACAACCAAGUUCAGCACUACUUGAACUUCAUACAUGCUUGACCAGUCCCGGCAGACAUAUUAAAUAAUCAAUUCACAUCUUGCCUACCGUAAACCAAACCAUGAGUUACAAAGUCCAAUUUCACAGGAGUUGUCAUGAAAGAGUCCAAAAUGUUCAAGGCAUGACCCAAUACUUUAAAAAUGACCCAGAGUGUACUGAGGGCCUUUUUCCGUCUUAUCUGAAUAUCAAAAUACUGACGAGGAUAAAUAAAGACGAGUUGUAAUAAAGAGAACUUUUGUUUCAAUUCAGGAGGUCGAUAAGGUUGAAUUUUGGAGUAACAUGGAAACGUUAAUUUAAUUGAGAUUUAAAAAAAAAAGAAAGAAA